AUGAUAGACUUUUAUAAAAAUGUAAAAUCUUUUAUGAAAAUAGGGACCGUCCAUACCGAUAAUAAUGUAUUUAAAUUACAUUAUAAAGUUACAGUGAUAUUAAUAGCGACUUUCUCGGUGUUAUUAACUAGCAAGCAAUAUUUUGGAGAGCCCAUAGACUGCGACGUUGAACAAAGAAAAGAAGUGAUUGAUACAUAUUGUUGGAUCAAUGGAACUUUUAUUCUUGACGACACUCUAAUUAAUUACAGGACACCUGGUUUUGGUCCCGCAAAAAAGCAAUCUACAGAUGUAAACCGGCAAACGUAUUACCAAUGGGUUUGUAUUGUGUUCGCUCUGCAGGCUGUCCUGUUUUAUUUGCCUAGAUAUUUAUGGAAAGUUUGCGAAGGUGGUAGAUUAAAACAACUCGUAGGAGAGUUUGGGGGACCAUUGACAUCGGACAAGUGGAAUCAUGCAGCAAAGGAUAAAUUGGUUAGGAAUAUUUUACAUGACACAUACGCCCAUAAAGUAUAUACAAUCCGCUAUUGCUUUUGUGAGAUUUUAAAUUUUGCAAAUGUGGUGACAAAUAUAUAUUUGAUGGAUUGGUUUAUAAAUGGUCAGUUUUCAACUUACGGUAUUGCACACGCCACCUACGACAUAAUAAAUCCAAUGAAUAGGAUUUUUCCAAAGAUGGCGAAAUGCACUUACUAUAAAUAUGGUCCAUCAGGUGAUAUACAAUGGUUGGACGCACUUUGCAUCCUGCCAUUAAACGUUCUUAAUCAAAAAGUGUUUCUUAUAUUGUGGUACUGGCUGUUCAUUUUAUUAAUAAUUUCGUUCUUCUGUAUUUUAUACAGGGCGGUGUUUAUGUUUGUUCCUAUUUUUAGAAUUUAUUUGUUAAGAGCACAAGCUCGUAAACUAGAAGGAAAAAAAGCUAAAUUUAUUGUUAAAAAAUUAUCUUACGGCGACUUUUUUGUCUUGUAUAGAGUAGGUAAAAAUGUUAACCAAAAUGUAUAUAGAGAGAUUGUGCUAUCUGUGUAUGAUUAUUUAGCCGCAAGGGGUACAACAUAUAAACAUUUUGUGCAGGAUCUCUGA